AUGCUAGUAGCUGGUAUCAUCCAACCAAGUACAAGUCCUUUCUCUAGUUCAGUAUUGCUAGUUCGCAAAAAGGAUGGUAAUUGGCGAUUCUGCAUGGAUUAUCGGGCCCUUAAUAAGAUUACUAUUCCAGAUAAAUUUCCAAUUCCAGCAAUUGAUGAGUUACUAGAUGAGCUUGGGGGUGCCAUUAUAUUCUCGAAAUUGGAUCUAAGAUCCGGGUAUCAUCAAAUCCGGGUUUGCAAGGAGGAUGUAGCGAAGACAGCUUUUCGUACACAUGAAGGCCACUAUGAGUUUUUGCUCAUGCCUUUUGGACUGACCAACGCUCCAUCUACUUUUCAAGCCUUGAUGAAUGAUAUAUUUCGUCCUUACUUACAUAAGUUUGUAUUGGUCUUUUUUGAUGACAUAUUAGUUUAUAGUGCAAAUUUUGCUACUCAUUGGAUCAUUGGCGGGAGGUGCUGCAAAUUUUAA